AUGGUAAGUUCUUCUGCUGGUGAACAUGAAUCAUCAAGUCAUUCAAGGAGAGACAAACAGCAUGACAGGACUAAAAAGAAAAAGGAUAAACAGAAAGGAAAGAGCCGUCGCCAUAAACAUCAGAAGCAUAUUGAUAAAGAGAAGCAGCAGCAUGAGGGAAGUGGCAGCCCUGUGCAGCUUUCAAAGUUUCUACAGCAUGACCAAGAUGAUGGCGUUCGUCGCAGUGCUGUGUCUGGUAAAAAGAAAUACGAAAAGGUGGCAUUGGGCGUACACUUCUCACUCUCAACAGUGCCUAAUCAAGAGACUAUGGUUCCGAUGGAGAAGAGGAAGAAUCGAACGGUUGAACUGGUUGCUUUGAGUGGUGGAGCUCUCGCUUUGGCGGUGUUAUUGAAUAAGGUUUUCUUCUCGGUGAGGGUUCCGAUUACGCUCGUGCUGACACCUCCGAACUAG